AUGCUUGUCCCUAACAAACAGUUGAGUCUUGGUCGCUCCCACAGUUGGGACACAUUAGGGGGGAAUGAGGGUCAGUGGGAGAGGGCUGAGAGUGUCUACGAGCAGCAGGCAAGAGUAGCUGGCCGACGGAGCUCUCUGUCAUACGGAGAGGGAGGAGGGUGGUACGAACCUCCACCAGGAGUGCAUCCCCCUGACCUGGAUUUGAAACGCGACCCGUAUUCCUGCCAAGGCUCUCCGUACGGACAGGUCUACGCAGAGCGACAAGACCCACGGGGGCUGAGGAAGGGCUCUGUGCCGGAUCUGAACCAUUACGAACGAGCGCCAAUGGCUCAUCGAGGAUCCAUUCCGCAUCAGGAUUACUAUUCCCAUGACCCGGCCAUGACUCCGCGGCCACCCGAGGGCUUUUACCGGCCUGAACACCAGCCUCCACCGCCUCACCCUCAUCCACUAAGUCGGUCAGCCUCUCAUUUUGGGAUGGCACCCAGCGCUCGUGCUGUGUGGGAUCAAGGUCAGGGAGGAAGAGCAGGACCUCAAGCCCCUGCAUCGCCUCUACCUCCGCCCCCUCCUCCUCCAACCGCUCAUGAGUUGAGUAUGGGUUACAGGGAACCUGGUGCAGUAACUGCUGCCAAAAUGACGUCGGAUGGCCAACAGCGCAUACCCUCUCGGGAGCCAUCUCCUGCACACUAUAGUAUGGAGCAUGCAUCUCCUCGGUAUGCCAGUGAGCCUCCACCUAUGACCGGUCAGACCGUCUAUACAGAUGUGAAUGGUCGCCCUUUGGAUCCCCAGCAGCAGGCUGCUACCUGUCUGGUAGUAGAUCCUUCCAGUCAAGGUAUGAUUAUGAGGCAAGAGACCGCCUCACCCUACACCAUUCAACAGCAGCAAUUACAGCAGCAACAACAAGUACAGCAGCAACAAUUACAACAGCAACAACUUCAACAGCAACAGAUACAACAGCAGCAGUUACAGCAACAGCAACUUCAGCAACAACAAAUACAGCAGCAACAACUUCAACACCAACAAUUACAACAGCAACAGCUUCAACAACAGCAGUUACAGCAACAGCAACUUCAGCAAGAACAGUUGCAUCUGCAACAGCCCCUGCCACCUCCACCUACAAUGCCUUCCUCUGACCCGAACCUUUCUAUGAUGCCUCCACUUGCCGCUCCACCUGCCACAGUGCAGACCGCAGCAGUUGCUCCAAUUGCACCUGCUCUUGCACAGGUGACCCAAUCUUCAGUUCCUCCUCUACCAGUCACUCCACUUCCUGCUCCUCUUGCCCCACGGACGCCUUUGCUUUUGGACCCCAAGAAGACAGUUGACCCUGAGUUCCUUGCCCUGCUGCGAAAUGAGGGCCUCUCCGAGAGCACCAUCUCCUCACUUAUCCAGCAGGGAUUUGACUCCACAAGUAUGCUGGCUGUUAUGGAGGAGAAUGAUGUCCGCACCGUCGCCGCCAACCUCGGCCAGGCUCGCGUACUAUCUCGCUUGGUCCACAACUGCAAGCGGCCCGCUGAAGCUCCGCCAGCCCCCCUCCAACCUCAGGCACCCAUGAGAGGCCGCUCCAAUAGCUUUAGCCAUCGCUCAGACAUCUACCAGCACCAGCAGCCUCAUCAUUCAAUGCACCCCUCACAGACUUUGACCGUGGAUGCCCAAAUGAUGCACCCACAGACCCCUGGGGCCAUGCAGACCAUCUCCCCAAGGAUGGGAGACGUAAUGGGGAGGAGGCCCAACAGUGCCCCCUCUCAGCACCUCAUGGAAGCGUCUGGAGGCUACCCAGGCCAACCACCUCGCUCCCCAGGGUCAUACACUGGAGCACUUAUGCCUGUUCAAUCAAGACCCAUGUCAGCCUACUCUUCUGGGAUGCCCAUGCAUGGUAUGCAGAUAAUGCCACAUCAAAUGACUGGGUCAAUGCCUGCCAUACAUGGGUCUAUGCACUCCAUGUCAGGUAUGCCACAGCAGAUGCCUGUGUCCCUGCCAGCUUUAACACAGCCACCACAACAGGUCCCUAAAGCAUACUCAACCAAUUACACAGUACCCAUGGAGCUGAUGAAGAGGGACAGGAACCUACUGCCAUUGUCACCCAUGCACAGCCCUCACCCCAGUCCUCAAAUGAUGCGUAAGGGUGGGGGACCUGCACCGGACAAUGUCCUCGUCCCUAUGGGACCACCGGGCCAAAGUGCCCUGGCUGUUAACCAGAAACUAAGUCGACGCACGGGUCCACCAGUCAUCGUGUCCACUAUGGUGUCACCAGAUACAAGUAUUCGGCCCCAGAUUAUGAAUGGGCCUAUGCACCCGCGCCCCCUGGUGGCGCUGCUGGAUGGGCGCGACUGCACGGUGGAGAUGCCCAUCCUCAAAGAUCUGGCCACAGUGGCUUUCUGUGACGCCCAGUCCACACAGGAGAUACAUGAAAAGGUGCUGAACGAGGCGGUAGGGGCCAUGAUGUACCACACCAUCACCCUGACCAGAGAGGACUUGGAGAAGUUCAAGGCGCUGCGCAUCGUCAUCCGCAUCGGCAGCGGCUACGACAACAUCGACAUCAAGGCUGCCGGGGAGCUCGGCAUCGCGGUGUGUAAUAUUCCGUCAGCGGCUGUAGAGGAGACGGCCGACUCGACACUCUGUCACAUCCUCAACCUGUAUCGGCGAAACACCUGGUUGUACCAGGCUCUCCGGGAGGGCACGCGGGUCCAGAGCGUGGAGCAGAUUCGGGAGGUGGCGUCGGGGGCCGCCAGGAUCCGAGGAGAGACGCUCGGCCUCAUCGGAUUCGGGCGCUCGGGCCAGGCGGUGGCGAUGCGGGCCAAGGCGUUCGGCUUUAACGUGAUCUUCUACGACCCCUACCUCCAGGACGGCUUGGAGCGCUCUCUGGGCGUCCAGCGCGUCUACACCCUGCAGGACCUGCUCUACCAGAGCGACUGCGUCUCCCUGCACUGCAACCUGAACGAACACAACCACCACCUCAUCAACGACUUCACCAUCAAACAGAUGCGUCAAGGAGCUUUCCUGGUCAACUCGGCACGGGGAGGUCUGGUGGAUGAGAAAGCUUUGGCUCAGGCCCUGAAGGAGGGCAGGAUACGGGGAGCUGCCCUGGACGUCCACGAGUCGGAGCCUUUCAGUUUUUCUCAAGGUCCACUGAAAGACGCCCCCAACUUGAUCUGCACGCCCCACACCGCCUGGUACAGCGAGCAGGCGUCACUGGAGAUGAGAGAGGCCGCCGCCACAGAAAUCCGCAGAGCCAUCACUGGCCGCAUUCCUGACAGCCUCCGAAACUGCAUCAACAAGGAGUUCUUUGUGACCUCUGCCCCGUGGGGAAUGAUGGAGCAGCAGCAGCAGCAGCAGCAGCAGCAGCAGCAGCAGCAGCAGCAGCAGCCUCAAGUUCACCCCGAGAUGAAUGGCGCCGCCUACAGGUUCCCUCCUGGUGUGGUGGGCGUCGCCCCCGGCGGGAUUUCCGGACCUAUGGAGGGGUUGGUGCCCGGGGGAGUGCCCAUCGCCCACACCCUGCCCCCCGGUAUCCAUCCGUCACAGGCCACCUCCCCCAACCAACCCUCCAAACACGGUGACCACAUGAGAGAGCACAUGACUGAGCCGUAGGCCUGCUGAUGUAACAGAGCAGGCGGCUGAAACCCACGUAAACACACACACAGAACAACAGCAUUUCAACCAUCCAAAUGUACGCUCGACUUCAGCCAUCUGAACCGACCAGCCGGGCAGCGUUUCACACGUUUCCUUUUUUUUGUAUGAAACCUCUACGCCCCCCCCCACACUCCCCCCCACCCCCCAGUGAGGACAGUGGAUGUUAUGACACACAUGAGCUGCCACACUGAAGAUGAGACUGACCAUCGAACUGAUGCGCCGAAGAUCUGAAACCUUUUUUCCUCCCGCAUAUCUUUUUUUUGUUCUACGUUGAUUCCAGUGAUUCUGUUUUUAAUCUUUAUUUUGGAGUAUAUCUUAAUGGGAGAUUCCUCCUGACUUCUGGUGACAUGUUGACAUUUCCACGUGCAGGACGGAAAUCUUGACCCACGCUCCUCGGUUGAAAGGAAGAGCUUGAAGGGACAGUGACUUCAUAAACAAUCCGUCGAGCCGCUGUUUCCCCCCCAUCUCCCGCGUUGAUUACGCCCAAACAUGUGUUACUAUUUUUUACUUUCCUCUGUUUCUCCUAUAUUCUGUGUUUCUGUUGCAAGUGAAUAUGUGUUGCUCUUUUCUUCAGUGGGUGAAAAUGAAUGGAUUUAAAGUUAUACAGAUGUUUAGCAGAUAAACAAACAUCAGCUGAUGAACAAACAAACAGCAGCGUCUGCCCCGUCUCCUUCAGAAAACCUGGACUCCAUCAUUUCUCAUUUCUACUCGUCGUGGUUGGUGGCCCCUGAAUGUAGAGACGAGAUGCAGAGCAGUAGAUCCGCUUUCCACUUCCAGGAAGGGUAUUUCGGCUUGUGAGGUCAAAUAAAUUACACUUUUAAACCAAAAAAAAGACACUGGGUUAGAUACAAUAAAGUGUGUCGCAUCAAUUAAAUAUUGCUGUUGUAAUUUUUCCAACUCCGCUGAACUGAGGUGCCUCCUGUAUUUGGUUAUUGUCAUGAACCGUGUCCCGACAUGUUACCUAUUACACAGCACAUCGCAGCCACCGGCUCGCGAGUUAGGAAAAAGAAAAAAACAGUAAAUCUUCUUAGUGACUCAGGAAAAAAAUGAUUAGCCUUCAAAUACGUCCAAAUCUAAACCGAAAGAGGAAAAACUGGAUUAUUGCUUUUCGCGUCCCCACGUCUGUCUCCAUUGUGAUAUUCUUUUAUAUAUCAAAUGUAGUUUUUUUUUUUUUUUUUUUUUGGGAUGUUCAAGGUUUUCAGUCCUGUCCGAUUUGUAUUGCCUUGGUAAAUGUUCUUAUAAUCAUAGUCUUAUGUGAACGACCCCACCCUCUCCUCUUUAUCAUUUUCUUCCGCUUUGUUUUCCUGCUCUAAUUAAAACCAGCUGUGGCUCUGAGAGGCAUCGGGCCCUCUGAGAGCCACAGCUUCCUCCCUUUAGCCCAAUGAAGUUAGCAGGAGACAGCUGCUAGCAGAUUGUUGGUUUUUAGUGUGAGUGUUUGUAUUCGUUUCUUGUACAAGGUGAACAUAUAGCAUACAGUGCAGCUGGAAACAAUAAAUAAAACUUACUGUUCUGAUUGAUGAUUGGCUCUGUGGAACAUUUGUGGGAUGUUUUUUUUUGUUUUGUUUUUUACAGUUAUUUAAAAGAUACUUAGAAAUCCUCCACAAAAGGGUUUUUCAAAGUCUGACGCUGUCAAUGUCAGUUAUGUCAAAAAAAAAAUAUUUAUUGUGCAACAGACAUAAAAAGAAGUUCAUAAUAAUGGAUUUUGUCACUCCUAUUAUUCUUUCUUACUUCUAUUUGGUAGAUAAUCAUGCUCUAACCAUAAUUCUUGUCAACAGAAAGUGUUAUUUCUUAAUUUUGCAUUCCGUAAGUCAUGCUGAGUUACUUGAGCAAGUUUUUUUCUUUUUUUGCCUAUAAUUGUUAACAGUUUGGCAAAUUGGCAUCAUUAAAAGUACGAUGAUUAGCUAUUAGCAGUUCCUGUUUGCAAUGUACCCAUUAAUAUACAGACAACCAUCACUGGAUAACUUUGAUACUGUAGAAUCAAAUAAACGUGCCGAUUCUGAAA